UAAUCAACCCUUCUUUUUUAUUCUUCUUCCUUCUUCUUCAUUAAAGCAAACCACCCAAUUAAAAUGCAACUCCUCUGACUUCCCUUUUCCAACUCUCUCUCUCUCUGCAUAUACAUACAUAUUUACAUACACCUCGCUGCCUGUAUCUAUAUCCCUCGGUUUUUUCUUGUUGCAAUUUUUUCAAACAAAUGCAUAUACAGUUACAGAUUCCGUUUUCCUCACUUUCUCUCUCUACAUUCUUCAUCUGAUUUCAACGAUUUUCUCUUCAACUACCAUCAUUUCACACUAUUCCACGCACCAGAGAGUGAAAUGUUGGAUCUGAAUGUUGGCGCCGCCUUCUCCGACGACGAGCUCAGCUUCCACAACGCCGCCACCACCGCCGAUUCCGUCGCCUCCACGACCACCUCCGCCACCAAUAAUGCCGCCGCCGCCGAGGUCGACAGCAGCACCUGGACUCCGGCGAAAUCCGUCUCCACGCUCAAUGACGUCAGCGUCGGAGGGAGCGAGCUGCAGCUGUUCCCGAUCGCCGAUUCGGCGCCGCCGCCGCUGGUUAGGGAGAAGUAUUGGCUGAAUCUGUCGGUGCCGGAGGACUCCGGCAGGGUGGAAUUGGGGAUUUAUAAGGCGCAGUUGCCGGAGGCUGCUCCGGUGCAGCCGAAGAAGAGCAGGCGUGGGCCCCGCUCCAGGAGCUCUCAGUAUCGUGGAGUUACCUUCUACCGUAGGACUGGAAGAUGGGAAUCUCAUAUUUGGGAUUGUGGAAAACAAGUCUAUUUGGGAGGGUUUGAUACAGCACAUGCUGCAGCUCGGGCAUAUGAUCGAGCUGCAAUCAAGUUCCGUGGGGUUGAUGCUGACAUCAAUUUCACCAUCAGUGAUUAUGAUGAGGAGAUGAAACAGAUGAAGAGUUUGUCGAAGGAAGAGUUUGUUCACAUUCUGCGUCGCCAGAGCAAUGGGUUCGCCCGGGGAAGCUCCAAGUAUAGAGGCGUAACUCUGCACAAAUGUGGUCGUUGGGAUACAAGAAUGGGUCAAUUCGUUGGAAAGAAGGCAUAUGAUGAAGCAGCCAUCAAAUCUAAUGGGAGAGAAGCCAUUGCAAAAUUUGAGUUUAGCAACUAUGACAAGGAGAUGAACUUAAGCUCCAGAAAUGGAGGUAAUGGCAGCAGUCUUGAUCUCAACCUCGGGAUGUCUUUAUCUUCCGAUGGGAAUGACACUACCAGAAAUCAGCAUUAUCCUGCUCCCGAUGGGAAGAGAUUAAAGGUCGAGCCAAUCUCUGUCCCUCAAGAACUAAUACAAAAGUAUCCUACCAUGUGGGCUGGCAUCUAUUCUGGUUUUACCCCAAACGAUAAGGAAUUAGCUACAAGAAUGAGUGGUGAAGCUGUUCCUUUGCCUGGAUACAGCUCAAACUGGCCAUGGAAAAUGCCAAGCCAUGGUAUGGCCACCCCAGUCCCCAUAUUGGCUUCUUCUGCAGCAUCAUCAGGAUUCUCUUCCGCAACUUCUCCAUACUUCACUUCUGCCGUGCCAUUGACCAAUCGGGCACAAUUUCCUACAACAGCUUUCCACAGCCUUCAGUGACCCUUCCUUGCAAGUUCGAAUCACAACAGCCACAACUAUUAUCAGUAACAGGAGCGGAACAGCCUCAUUUUAGUCUGUUUGAGAUUUGGCUAGCAAAAGAAGCCAUGCCAACUGGGGUGAGUCGUCUCAGCAGCCAUACGUAUAGCACAAAUAAUAGAUUGACCAAAUUAUAUGUUGGUACGAUGAUUCUCAAGAGUCUGAAUACUGUGUAGAUUCGAUUCUGUUACAAACCAUUGUUAAAUCUUGUUUGCAUCCAUCUUUUUGAGCUAUAAAUGAGAAAUGCAUAUAUUCUUCUUUA